CCCGCGCAGCCGCAUUACGCGGCGGGGCGGUGGCGGGGCGGCCAUGUCGGUGCAGGAGGACCCGGUGCAGCGGGAGAUUCACCAGGACUGGGCCAACCGGGAGUACAUCGAGGUGAUCACCAGCUCCAUCAAGAAGAUUGCGGACUUCCUCAACUCCUUCGACAUGUCGUGCCGGUCCCGGCUGGCCACCCUGAACGAGAAGCUGACGGCGCUGGAGCGGAGGAUCGAGUACAUCGAGGCGCGGGUCACCAAGGGCGAGACGCUGACCUAGGCCUGGGGCGGCCCCGGGCCCCCCCCGACCCCCGCCGGAGCACCAUGGCCCCACAGCCUGCUCGGGGCCCGCCGCCGCCACCGCCACCUCUGCUUGUGUUGCCAAUAAACAGCUGUGCUCCUGCCCUGCCUGCUCUCUGCCUGCCUGCCUGGGGCCGGGCCGCCGGGUGCCCGCCUCCCUGACACCGUCUUGGAUGUCCAGAGCCUGCCAUUCCACCUGCUGGGUCCAGGCCCACCUUCCUCCCCUUGCAUGGGGGCUCGACGGGAGGGGACAUGCUCGGGGGGCUGCAGGCCUGACUGCUGUCAGUUCUGGGAGGCACCUGACCAAUGUGGCUCAACCUUUGAGGUGCUUUGUGUUCCUGCUGGGGUCACAGUGGAAAAAUCUGGUGAUUCUGAUGGUUUGGAGGGUCUCUCAACCUCUCCGUGUGCACGCUGUCAGGGCUAGGUGGGGGGCGGUAGGCUCACCUGUCAUGGUGCACAUGCCACAGGAGAGUGCCCUUUGCUGGCAUCUAAGAAGAGGUGUUUACCCUUCUCUCUAGGGACAUAGGUGACAAGGAGGAGGAAAUCUCUUCCCACCACCCCUCUAUUUAUUUCAGUUUUUCAGUGGAUGCCUAGAGCUGCAGACUCAUUGCUCAUAUUUAGCAUUCGUUGGGGAGUCCAUGGAGUUGGUGUCAGUAAAAGUCUUCCUGUUUCCCAGCAGGCUUUAAAUGUCUUGGUAUGUUAUUCUCCAGCUGGAAGCUAUCUUUUUCAUUAUGGCAAUGUGAUGUCUGCAGUGUUUACUGGGCACCUGGGUAACUUAAUGUUCUUUAUAUUUUUGAGCUCGGCAGGUCUGACAUCAGCUCACCAAGAUCACAGUUUUGUUCUCCCUAGGAAGCUCUGUGUUUCCAUUCAUUGAAUAAGUGCUCCUCCAGCCUUUUCCUCAGCUCAUCUAGCCAGUUAAGCUUUACUUUCAGGUUGGGCUGUGCAUCUGGGAGGCUUGGCCACUUCUGGUGCAUAGUCCCUCCAUAGCUUACUGUCCAGUGGAGCAGCCACAGAUCAUUGUGCUUUCGCUCAGCAGCGAUAGCAAAUGAUGAGAUAUGGUGCUGUCAUACAAGAUUGGUAGGUAGAGGGAAAGCAGCUGUCUCUUUCCUAAGAGGCUCUGUGGCCCAAGCACAUCAAAAGUGUGCCCAUGGCCCAUGCACUGCUUCUGGAUGUGCUGAAGUGGAGUUGUGAGAUCCCCAUGUCCUUGGAUGUAGCUCAGUACUUGUCUGGACAAGGCCCUGGACAGCUGGAUCUGACUUUGAAGUUAGCCCUGCUUUGAAUGUGUGUGGGCGGGGCGGGGGGAGCUAGAGACCACCAGAUGUCCCUGCCUAAAUUAUCCUAAGAUUCUUGACCUGAAGACUGAAUGGGAGCCAGAGGGUACCACAGAUGUCUCUUGGACUGGGGCUAUACCGGGCUGACAUCUUCGCUUGAGAUCCACUGCUUGUUUCUCUUCCCAGCUACUGUGUGGUGUGUCUCUCGGAUCCUUUACUGGUUUUCUGACAGGCUCCUGUAAUGGUUCUCCCUUUUCCCUCUGACCCCAGGGUUUCUCACAGGAGUAGGUGUGUGUGUCACACAAGGAGUCGGUGUGGCCAAAGCAGUUUUGCUGUAGGGAUCUGCCCUCCAGAGAGUCCUGCUCCUCCCAGGACACCUGCUCACACAGAGCUUAAGCACUGUGGGAUUGGCCUGUCUGGUUCAUCUCCCAGGAGGGGUGCUGGGCAGCUCACUGCAGUACAGGGUGCUGCCCUUUUUCCCUUUCAGGGAUACUUGGUAGUUCCCGAGGGCUCUGCAAGACCAGGCUUUCUGGUUUGGGUGCUGCUUAUUCCAGGCCAUCCCUGGGAGUUAGAGAAGCUGCCUGGUCCUCAGGCAGAUACAGCUGCUUCCAGCAGCUGCUGCAGGGUGCAGCCCUGUAGUACAUGGAGUUUUGAUAUACUUGAAGCAUUCAGAUCAUUUUAAAGGCUGGGGAAUUCUGCUUGCCUUUUUUUCUUGUACUGUGUCUUUUUUGGGAUAUGAUGCCCCAGAAACCCACAUUAAACUUUUCCUGAGUGGA